AUGAACAAUAGUUAGACUGAAAUCGAUUCUUAAUAGAAAAUCUCAUAUUAAAAUAAUGUUAUUUAAUAAUAAACUGAUUAGAAUUAUAUUUAAUUAUAAAAUACUAAUAAAGAAUUGGUGGGUAUAGUUAAAGAAUUCAAAGAAAAAUAUAUGGCUUUGUAAAAUUAAAUUAAAUAAAUUAUUGAUUAAUCGAAAUAAAAUUAAAUUGAAAAUUAAUAAAAAUGGUUCACUGUGGCUUAAAAGCUUAUUGAGCUUAAUUAGGGAAAACCUCUUAAAUAUGAUUAAUGUUCAUAAAUAAUUGGAAAAAUUUAAAAAUAUGAAUAACUAUUAACCUAAAAUAUUGAAGAAUUAAUUAUCCAUAAAUAAUAAAUAUUCUAAUAUGAAAAACUUUAUUUUUUUAAUGAUUAAAAUAGUGGAGAUUCAAUGAAUUAUGAAAAUCCUUACUGUGCACUUGAUUUUUAGAAAAUAAAAUAAGUUUUAAUUAAAUAAGAUGAUGCAGUUUUAUGUUGUGCCGUACUAUAAGCUCUCAGAUAAAGAAUCUCAAAAACAAGAGGCGCUUAUAUAAGAAGAGAGAUAGUUAUUACUUAUUCUAUAUAUGAUAUUGUUGGCUGUGAAUAAUAAAAUUAAUAACUCUAAGGGGCUUUAUUUUAACAAAACUCAAAAAUAAAAGAAUUUUCAUUAAGACUAAUAAAUACAAUGGCAUCUGAUUUCUUCGGUCGAACUUAUUUAAUAAAGUCUGAUACAUUAGUUAUAAUUCUAAUAAAUACUUUAAGGAAUGAAAAACAGGAUACUUUUACUCGUAGGAACGCUUUGGGUUCUUUACAAAAAUUAUCAUUACGUCGAAAGCCAUAAAUAGUAAUGAUAAACAAUAACCUAAUCCAAUGGAUAGUAUAAACAUUGCGUGAUGAAAAAGAUACAUUAUCAGAAUAUUCAUAUGAAUACGCAACUGCCUUACUAAUGAAUUUGUCUUUAAGAAGCAGCGGUAAGUAAAAAUGCGAAGAUCCGAAAGAGGGUGUUUUAAAUGUUUUAAAUGAUCUUUUGGAACAUGAAAAUAUGUAAGUGCGUACUUUUGUAAAUGGAACUUUGUAUUCCUUAUUGAGUCGAUAAUCAUUAAGGGAAUAAGCUAAGGCAUUAGGUAUGGGAGAUAUAUUAAAGUAUUUAAUGGAUAAUAGUGACGAGAGAUUUAUGAAGUAAAUUUAAUAUAUCAUGGAUUAACUAAAUAAAGAAAAAAACGAUGACGAGGAUGAAGCUAAUAGUGAUUCAAACGAAGAAGAUAAUGAUGUAGAUGAUAUUGAUGAUGAGGAAGAUAUUGGAGAAGAUGAGUAGGCUGAUGAUUAUAUUGAAAAUGCGGAUAAUAUGUAGUUAGGAGAAAAUUUACUUUUUUCUAAGUUUUGUUUAAUUGGGCCAGAAGCUAUUAGAUAAAAAAAUAUAACGAGAUAAAUUGUUUAAGAAUCACAUAAUUAAAGAAUUUUAUCGUCUGCUAAUACCGCUAAUCAUUAAAAUUAUAUUGGAUAUUAAAAAAAUUAGUAAAAUACUGAUAUUCCAUUUAAUAGACCAGCUACUCCAUCAAUGUCGGCAAGCUUUAUAAGUCAUUCGUAAAAAACUAGUUAAAAUUAUGUUUCUUAACCCAGUUAGUAAAAGUAAAGAAAUUAAUAAUAAUUUAAAUAAUAAUAAUACCAAUAAUAAGAUUAUAUUUUGUAAAAUUAAUAAUAAUAGUAAUUAUUAUUACAGUAACAAUAAUAAUAAUAAGAAUAUUUAAAUAAAUAAUAAUAAUAAUAAUAAUAAUAAUAAUAAUAAUAAUAAUAAUAAUAAUAAUAAUAAUAAUAAUAUUAAUAAUAAGAAUAAUAUAUAUAAGAUUAAUAAUAAUAAUUAUAAUAUAAUGAAUAAGUUGAUCCAUAAGUAAUUAUUCCAGAAGAAUUAUAAUCGAGACCUAAAAUUUUAAGGACUCCUAUUGGGGAAGAAAGACGGAAAAUAGAAUAAUUAUAAAAGUAGCAUGAAUAUAUUUAAUAAUUACCUUUUACAUAAUAAGCUGCUUAAUAAUCUAUAAUUAAAAAAUAAUUAUAAAAUAAUAGUAGCUUUGCUGACGAUUAAACACAAGCUUAAAAAGAUAAAAACUCAAAGAAUUUAGUUUAAAAGGAAAGUAAUAAAAAAGAUUAGAACUAAGAAAAAAAAUUAAUAAUAAAUAAUAAUAAUAAUAAUAAUAAUAAUAAUAAUAAUAAUAAUAAUAAUAAUAAUAGUAAUAAGAAUAAGAACAAGAUAAAGAAUAAUAAUAAUAAUAACAACAAUAAAAUUAAUAAUAAUAGAUAUAAGUUAAUUAAGAUUAAAAUAAUUCCUAAUAAAAUAAUUAACAAGAAUAAAAUUAAUAUUCAGGAAAAGUAAAUUAUAUAUUAUUUUUUUUUUUAUAUUUUAUAUUUUUUUUUAUUUAUUUAAAAAGUUGACAACUAAUGA